CAGGGACUGAACACAACACAAUACAUGGAUAUCCUGUCCAGAGCAUGUAGGACUUCAAACUGGGCUUAAGGUUUACUUUAAGCAAACAGACAGUGAGUAACUUACAUAUUAUUCUAUUUGCUGUGGUUUUAGAAUGUAGAGUGAGGAGGGAAAAAAUAAUGUAAAGCAUGUUAGCAUUAGGCUGCAACACUUUGUUUUAUGUUUUAAAUAAUAUGCACAUCAGUAUGUAACGACAGUUUGGACAACUGAAAACAACAUGAGCAUGUUGGGGGAGGGGGUAUAAUUUUUAAUGAAGCAUACAAGGAUGUUUGCAAAAAUGAAAGUGAAAUUGAACCAGAUAUAUAUAAUGGUACUGGUGAGGAUCUGAUUUUAGUUGCUUAAGGUGAGGUACAAAUCAGCUGUACUCCAGGAGAGAUCUGGUAUAAAUAUAUUGAAGAGCAAAAAUGGGAACAACACAGUCAACAGAAGUGCAAUCAACACCAACAUCAAAUCUAGAACUGGAAAAACCAUGGAGGAAAUUUGACUGGGGACAGAAAAAAGAGCUGAAAGACAAGCUGGAAAACUUUUCUCCGAGUCAUCCAGAUGUAAAGGACAUCAAGAUCCUGGUAGCUGGACAAAUUGGGGCAGGAAAGUCCAGCUUUAUAAACUCUGUCGAUAGCACCUUUCUAGGACGGAUCUCCUCUAGAGCGCUGGUUAAUUCAACUGCUAGUGAUCAUAGUUUCACUCAAAACCUCAAAGGAUUCACAGUCAGAAGUGGGAAAAAAACAUUGCCCUUCAUCUUCAAGGACAUCAUGGGCUUGGAACCUCCUAUAUUGGCUGGGUCACAAACGGAAGACAUCAUCAAUUCUGUGUUCGGCCACGUGAAGGAUGGCUAUAAAUUCAACCAGGAGCAGGCACUCACUUAUAAGGAUAAACAUUACACCUGUGACCCUGAACUCUCAGACCAGGCUUUCUGCCUGGUUUACAUCAUAGAUGCAAAUGUUGUCCAAUAUACAGAUGAUCGACUUAUUGACAAGCUGAAGAUCAUCCGUCAGAGAAUCAGUGCUAAGGGGAUUCCUCAAGUGGUCAUCAUGACUAAAGUAGAUGAAGCAUGUCCGCUGGUCCAAAAAGAUCUGAGGAAGCUCUACACUAGCAAGAAGAUCAAGGAGAAGAUGGAGUUGUGCAGUGCUAAAGUGGGUGUGCUAAAGACAAACAUCUUCCCAGUGAAGAACUACCAUGAUGAGAUUGACACAGAGGAUGACAUGGAUGUUCUGAUACUGAAAGGCACUUGAACAGAUUGUUCAUCUUGCUGAUGAUAGGUUAAAUGAUAGAGAAAUCUACUCACAAAAUUCACAGUAAUUACUGCAUUUCCCAGUGGAUAUUGUCGGCUUUGUGACAAAUUGCUUAUGUUCCUCUAAUGUAAGAUGCUUUGCAUAAAAGCACCUGCUAAAUGCAUAAAUGUAAACUUAAAUUCAGGAUUCAGAAUUUCGCUGUGAAGAUCUUAGUCUUUGGCUUUUACCAGUAUGUGCAUCUUUUGUCAGCAUCUUCACUGUUGCAAAAUGAGUCUUUAAAUGAACCUUCAUUCCCGUGGCUACUGUGAUUUUCCAAAUGUGUAUGGCACAGACUAUAGCACGGUAAUAUUCAUAUAGUGAAGCGGCUAGAACAGUGACAUAUGGGUCAAUGACAAAUUGGAAAAAUAUAUAAUAAAUAAUGAAAAGGAACAAGUUCUGUUUAAAAUGUUCUGUUUAAAAUAAAUUUGCACACGCUGUUUUAAUUCAUGUAUUCAAUUAAUUAUUAUUAUUAUUAUUAUUAUAGAAAAUGAAUAUUGCCAUGGCACACCCCCAUUAUAUUUCAUAAAGGAAACUUUAUUUAAAAAAUUUAGUCUGUUACUUUUUUAUAUAAGCUCUUUUUUUGUUUAUCUGUUCAAUAUUUUUUCAGCUAGUCUGCAGUUGUAAGAUAUUAUGCUGUUCACAUUUGAAACAUUUAAUAAAAAUGCUUAUUGUUCA